AUGGCCAGCCUCCCGCUGACCUCGAACACAUAUCAGCCCCCGUCGCCUUCGCAGGGUCGAAAGGUCGGGCGGCUUCUUAAUACUAUAAUGGAGGAUGAUAACGAGGAUCCCCCCACUGCACAGCUCCGGCGGAGGACCCAACAACACGCCGCCGCCAGCAGCCUGGGCUCGGACAUGAAGAUCCAAGCCUGGUUGGGACCUGUUGGGGACCACUUCCCCACGCCGCGGGGCUUCAACUUCAUGCCGGCCCCCGACCUGCCCUCGUCGCCGUCCUCGGCUUCCGCUGACGAGAGCCUUUCCGAGUCGACGUCCUCCAACCCCUCCGAUGCCUGGAACAGGCGCCAGAGCGCCAUGACCGACGUCACCGAAUUCGACGACCUCUACGAUGUGUCGGACGAGGACGUGCCCCGCCAGGACAUGCUCAGGAACGGAGGCAUCGCCCGCCGCAACAGCUCGCGCCGCAAGUCGGGUGUCCGCCCCACAGCCGAGGUGCCGCGCAAGCCACUCCCUCGCCUGGUCAUCCCUGGCGCGCGCACGGCACCGGUACCCGAGCCCGAGAGCUGGUCUGCCAGGUCGGACCGGCUCAAGAUGAAGAACAAGCUCACCUCGCCGGUCGUGCCGACGCCCACCUCCAUCGUUCAGAUGUCCCCCGCCGUCAUGUCGUACAUGAAGGCGCAGCAGUCCCUGGACAUUCCGACCGUUUCUGCGCCACCCUCGCUCGAUGGCAGCAUGACUUCGGACCAGCUGGCGCAGAUGUCCGCUCCCCCCACCCCCAUCAUCGGCGGACAGGACGGCGGCGAAGGCAACUGGUCUGGCGUUCAUCUGCAGCCCGGGGCCCUGGCUACCCUCGCCUCCCUCUCGAGCUCUGGCUCCGAGGCCGACGAGCUCGAGCGCACCCAGCAGGUCAUCGAGGUGCCCCAGCAAAUGCCCGAGAUGCUCCAGCAGCCAUCGAGCCUGUUCAGGAACCUUGUUCGCGCCUCGAUCCCCCAGUCGCCCGCCGUCGGCUCGCUGGCCGGUCUCACCAGGCUGGAAAUUCCCUCCCCGGGCGGGUUUUUCUCUGGCCUCUCUCCUCGCAGCAGGACCACCUGGCAUUGGCCCGCGCCGCCCGCCGCCGCCGAGCCCGCCCCUCCGACCUCGACGACCGCCGAGCAGUUCUACAAGGCUCCCUGGAACACAGAGACCGCCCCCACGAUGCCCACCCCCACGGUCCGGGCUCUCCACAUGCCGGCCGGCGACUUCUCCUCGUCUCCUGUCGAGCAGGUCGUCGAGAUGCCUCUCAGGCAGGCCGUGGAGGAUGAUCUCGCGACCGCCGUUCCAGUGCAGCAGACCCCGGUGACCGCCGUGCGGAUCCCUGCUGUUCAGCCCCUGGACGCCCUGAAACAUGUCAACGAGGAGCCAUCCUCGCCAGUAGCAGAGGUUGUCCCGGCCGGACUCGUUCUGCGAAAUGAGCAAUUGUACGCCACCAAGCAACAGGAGUACGAAGGCACACAUGCCGACCGCACCGAGCGUUGGCUCUUGGCACAGAGGGCAUACCUGAAGGGUGUCGACUGCAUUCCCGAAGUCGACGACGAGGAUGACGAGGAGCCGGGGUUGAUAUCUUCAACGGAGGACGAGGAGGAAGAGGAGGAGAAGAGGCCGGUGGUUCCUGCCAAGGACGUGGUGCUAGCCAAGCAACCCGAGGUCGGAGUCGAGCCCGCGUCCUCGGAGAGUCGCGUUGCCGGGACGGAAAUGGUGGUUGCACAAACCAAAAAGUCGGUCCGCUUUUCCGAGGUCGUGAAGCCUCCAGCGCUACCCCUGAAGCUCCCAUCCAAGCUUGUGCGGCAGGAGUCGGCGUACUACAGAGCCUUUACGGACUACACUGUGCGCGCCCACCACAAGGAUGCCUUUGUCAACCGGCUGCCGCGCUUCGAGGCCCUCCAAGCCCAGCGCGUCUCCCUACGUGAGGCUCACCGGAACCAGCUCCUCGGAAAGUACCAGCUGUCGGUCGUGCCCCUCUCGGCCAAGAAGCGCAUGAGCACCAACGUAGUCCGGGGCGACGACGUGGUGACGGACGACCCAGAGAAACUGCGGGCCGACAAGGAGAGUGAGGCGCUGUCGCAGGCGAGUGCGGCGGCGUGGCACGUGGCGGCCACCAAGCUGCUCAACGGCGGCCGGCUGAUCGGGGCGCCGGUGCACAAGCGGCUGGCGCGCAUGUCCCGCAUGACCAACUCGCCCGAGGGCCGCACGCGGAUCCUGGACCUGGGCGGGCAGGCGACGUGCGACUGGGCGUGGCACGCGGCGCUGCAGUACCCCAACACAAAGGUGUACACGGUCACGACCAAGGCGAUCCGGCAGCUGUCCAACUGCAACGUGCGGGGCCCGCCCAACCACCGGCAGGUGGCGGUGCAGCGGCUCGCACGGCUGCCCUUCGCCGACGACCAGUUCGACCUCGUGUCGGCGCGCGAGCUGCACUCGGUGCUCAAGCUCGUGGGCGAGAACGGCGAGGACGAGUGGGAGUCGUGCCUGCGCGAGUGCAUGCGCGUGCUCAAGCCGGGCGGCUUCCUCGAGUUCUCCGUCAUGGACUCGGACGUGGUCAACGCGGGCCCGCUCGGCAACGCCAAGGCGGUCGAGUUCGGCUUCGCGCUCAAGACGCUCGGCUACGACCCGAACCCGUCGCGCAUGCCGCCCGCCCCGCGCGACUCGGCCGGCUGCCUCAUCCCCACGGUCGAGCUCGAGGCCACGGUGACGGGGUCGGCCGACAACGUCGCCGCCGUCACGGGCUUCGCGGCCGGCUGGUCCUGGGAGCGCUGGCUCCUCCGGGCCGAGAUGGAGGCCGUCUCGGGCGAGCUCCGCCUGUCCGACACCGUCACCGCCGGCGAGGCCAUGCGCCAGGCCGGCAAGAGCCUCGACGGCGUCCACGCAAUCGUCGAGGAGGGCCGCCAGGUCGGCUCGUGCUGGCGCGUCCUCCGGGGCUACGCCCGCAAGCCGAGGCCGGACCUGGGCUUCAUCAACAUGUGCCUGGGCUCCCCGGCGACUUAG